AUGAAUUCAUUCGUUGUUACCUUAGCUGGUCUCUUCUUAAUCUAUGCAACAGUCAUAACAACUGUUUAUUGUGUUGAUCUCAGAGGUCUUGAUUUAACAAAAGAUGAAAUAAUCGCAAUAACACGUGAUCAUCGUGGUCGUACUGAUCCGGAUGCAUUCCUCAAUGGUUUCUUCCCUAUUUGGGCAGCAAUUCAAUUUUUAAUUGCUGGUAAGUUAUUCAAAUAA